UUUCCUUCAAGUUUGGAAGAAAAGCAAAAUUCAUAAGCCACAAAAAAAUCAUAACGAAAAAUAAAUAAAGAAAGAAAAAGACUUAUCCAAUGGAAACAAGACAUCAGAGAGAUAGAUAGAGAAGCUGAAGCAGCAGACAGCAGCAAUGGCUACCUUGCCAUCUUCCUCUUCCCUUCACCUCUCCACCCCCUUCCCCGCCCGACUCGCGCCGCGUCGGUUCCACGCGCCGAGACCCUUCCAACUCUUCUUCACCCCCCGGGGUUCCUCCGACUCCGAGAAAACUCCCCCGGCCGAGAAUGACACCGAACCCAAGGCCGACCCGGACGAGUUCGACAGCCGCCUCUCCCAGGUCCGCCUCCGGUACCGGAGCGGGACGGGGAAGAAGGCGGAGAUCCGGAAGGUGAAGAAGAAGGGGGGAUCCUCGGGGGGCGGCGCAGGAGGAGGAGGGGGGAUGUACCUGCCGCCGGUGCCGCUGAAGGAGACGGUGUCUGAGGGGAUGAAGGUGGACUUCGGGUUCAGCCCGUACAGCGAGAGGAUCAACGGGAGGAUAGCGAUGCUGGGGCUGACGGCGCUGGUGCUGGUGGAGCUGGCGACUGGGAAGGGGGUAAUCAACUACCACACGCCGGCGAUCGUUCUGAUUCAGGUCUAUUUCGUGGCGGCUGUCGGGGCACUGUUCAUCAAGUACGAGAAGGAAAAGGUCAGCAUUUGGCCCCAAUCAUUGUCUGACAAAUAAAACAGAUCUUUUUUUUUUUUGUAUUUUUUAUGUUCUUUUUUUUUUUUCCUUCCGUGUUCGUGGAAAUGUAUAAUUCUUGCUGUUAUACUUUUGGUUGAGAGUGACGAGGGAACAAUUCUUGAAUGCUGUCCCGAGUUUCUAAUAUCUCUCGAUGAUCACGUUUGGUGCGAAGGAAUAGGAAUAUAACAAUAUGAAAAAUCGACAAAUUGUUUUCUUUACC